UCAGUGUGACGUGUUUUUCUGUAGGUAGUCGGUGCAAAAAUUGUUAUUGUUUUUAAGUUUAAACCGUGAAAAGUGAUAGAGAACUAAAUUACUCUCUUAAUCCUUUGAGAAGGAUUUUGCUGGAGUGUUAUUUUCAUAGUUUUAAGAGGUUUUCCUUUCCAUUUGGUCAGACAAGACAGACGUUUUGCAUAAAAAUGGACGAUCAUCUCCGAGACGCCACCACAUAAUAUUAUUCCUCUGACCGAUCGACGUCAAUGAGACAGCUGGACCGGUAGCCGCCGCUGUCAACCGCCAGCUACGAUGCCGGCCAUUCUGACGAAGAUCCGGGAGCAGGCGUCGAGGGUCCAGCCUUCGCUGGCCGUGGGCGUGGGUGUGGGAGUGGCCUUAGCUGCUUGCGCGUUAUACGGCACGAGGGAGAAGAAGCAGCCGCCGCCGUGUCACAAUAAUAAUAAUUAUAAGGUCGCAAAAAAUGGCAAGCUCCAAACAGUUACAAAUGGCGAUGCGCCGGCGCAAGCGUGCGGCGGCCGUUGCGGCGCCGAGCAGUGCGCAUUGUGUCGCGGCGACGCCGACACCGACAACAAGCAGAAUAUUGAAGAUGCAGACGAUCCCGCGCCGACUCCAGAAGAACACGUUCCCGGCUUGAACCUGGAGUUCCUCCGGCAGCUGGUGACCCUCGCCAAGAUCAUGGUUCCAGGAGUCCGCAGCCACGAGGUGGCGCUGCUGACGGCACAUACCUUGUGUCUCUUCUCCAGAACCUUCCUGUCGAUAUACGUGGCGUCCUUGGAAGGGUCCAUUGUAAGGCACAUAGUCCAGAAGGACCUGCGUCGCUUCGCGGCACUCCUACUCCAGUGGUUCGGCAUCGCAGUACCAGCUACCUUCAUCAACUCCAUGAUCCGGUACCUCGAAGGCAGGCUAGCGCUGGCCUUCCGCACCAGGAUAGUCAACCACGCCUACGAGCUCUACUUCAAGAACCAGACUUACUACAGAGUGGCUAAUUUGGAUGCCAGGAUCGAGAAUGCGGAUCAUAGGCUGACCGAAGACGUAUCAGUGUUCACACAAUCAGUGGCGCACCUGUACAGCUCGCUGACCAAGCCGUGCUUCGACCUGCUGCUCAUCGUGCUGACCCUGGCCAGCUAUUCCAGCAAGAUGAAGGGCAACAUCUUCCUCGGGCCAGGCCUAGCGACGGUGGUGAUCUGCCUAACGGGACAGGUGCUGCGCCUGCUGUCGCCGCGCUUCGGCGCGCUGGCCAGCGAGGAAGCACGCAUGCGGGCGCAGCUGAGGCAUGCGCAUGCGAGACUGAUUGCACACUCGGAGGAGGUCGCCUUCUAUGGAGGACACAAGGUGGAGCACGGCCAGCUCCAAGCCGCUUACAAGUCGCUGGUGGCGCAGAUGACGCACGUGUUCAAGCAGAAGCUGUGGUACGUCAUGCUGGAGCAGUUCUGCAUGAAGUACGUGUGGUCCGGCGCCGGCAUGGUCAUGCUCGCGCUGCCCAUCCUCACCGGCGGCAAGGACGGCCAGAACGGAACAGAGAGCAUCAGCGCGCGCACGGAGUACAUGACGACGUCUCGCAACCUGCUCAACUCAGCUGCCGACGCCAUUGAGCGCCUCAUGUCCAGCUACAAGGAAGUGGUGACGCUAGCGGGCUACGCGACGCGCGUGUCGGACAUGUUGAAAGUGUUCGGGGAAGUAGCGCGCGGCCGCUGCGUGCGCGCCGUGCACGUGGCGCCCGCGCCGCACGCCGCCUUCCAGGUCACCUUCCGCGACCGCCAGCCCGUGCCAGAAGGAAAGAUAAUGUACACCAACGACCUAUCAAUACGUCUCCGCAACGUGCCCAUCGUGACGCCGGCCUGCGACGUCGUGGCGUCGGGCGUGUCGCUGCACAUCGCGCCCGGCACGCAUCUGCUCAUCGUCGGCCCGAAUGGCUGUGGGAAGUCCAGCUUAUUCCGCAUAAUCUCCGGCCUCUGGCCAGUGUUCGGCGGCGAGCUGUCCGUGCCCAAGCCUUGCGAGUGCGCGCACUGCGCAGACGAGACUAGUCUGGACACGCACGACCAGUGCACCAGCAGGCCCAUCAUGUUCUACAUACCGCAGAGACCAUACAUGUCAGUGGGCACGCUCCUCGACCAAGUGACGUACCCGUCGCGCGGGCACGGGCCGGAGGCGGAACAGCGCGCGUUGCACGUGCUGAAACUCGUGCGACUGGACGCGUGCGCCGCGCGACACGGCGGACUGCGGGCCGAGCGCGACUGGCGCGCCACGCUGUCUGGCGGCGAGAAGCAGAGGAUGGCUAUGGCUAGGAUGUUCUAUCACAGGCCCGUAUACGCGCUAUUGGACGAAUGUACCAGCGCCGUUUCCAUGGAGACAGAGGUGGUGAUGUAUGAAGCAGCCGUGCGCGAGGGCAUCACGCUACUGUCCAUCACGCACCGGCCCAGCGUCUGGAAAUACCACACGCACGUGCUAGAGUUCGACGGCGCCGGCGGCUGGUCGUUCCGGCCGCUCGACCGCCUGGCCGCCGCCGCGCCCGCCGUCGCCAUCGCCGACUACACGCACGCCGCCGCUACCGCCACCGCCACCGCCACCGCUACCGUCACCGCCGCGCCGCAGGAGGCCGACAGAGCGAUCGCUGUGCAGAACUAGCAAAACAUACUUUACUAGCUGUGCCCGCGACUUCGUACGCGUGAAAACCCGUUUUCCGCAACAUUUUUCAUUAUUGCUCUGCUCCUAUUGAUCGUAGCGUGAUGUUGUAUAGCCUAUUAUAGCCUUCCUCGAUAAAUGGGCUAUCUAACACUCAAAUCGGACCAGUAGUUCCGGAGAUUAGCGCGUUCAAGUAAAUAAACAAACAAACUCUUCAGCUUUAUAAUAUUAGUAUAGAUUUGCAGAGUGGCGUACAUGGGCAGCAUUGCUGUAGUAAAAACAUUUUAUUUGCUGUGACACGAUGUACAUUCACUUUUUAAAGGCUGAUUUACACGUAUUAAGUAGAUAAGUAGAUAACUAUGGUACUUCCUGUCAAGUUGGUGGGCGGGGCUUGUCCUUUGACACGUUUUGACAAACACUUUCAUAGUAAACAAGAGCUUGACGUUUGGAAUUAAGUUAAAAUUUAGUUACGCUGCAAAUUGAUCACAUAAAAUUAAGUUAAAGCACAGAAUAAGUAAUAGUACAGGUACAGAAGGAUUACUCCGCAAGACGAUUUAAAUAAAUGCGAGUCUUGCUACGACGCGAUACAGUGGAAUUCAGCUCGCACAGCACUACGUACCUACAAUUUUAUUCACCUACAAGUUUUGUCUCUUUCUAUCGCGUGCCUCUGAACUCUUCUUACGUUGUUAGGGUUGCUGUCUAGUGAAAAAUUAAUUAAUCUACUUAUAUGUAAUGAGGUACGUAUGUAGGUAAGUACGCAUUCAUUAUGGAAAACCUUGGUAGGUUAGGUUCCUAUACUAUCCUAAGAAUUAUUGAUUACCUACAUGACCAACAUACCUUUCAGCAUCUUUGGGAAGCGAAAAAAAAAGAUAAAUCCGGUGUAGAUUUCUUUUCGAAUUUAAACACCCGAACCCCGCACAAUAGGUAUUUCUCUUUAUGCCCAUUUUUAAAUAAUACUUCGAUCAUAGAAUUAGGUACAUACUACAACGCACGCCAGCGUCCUGACGGGCGCGCGCGUGACACUCGACUGAUAUAAUACCCGCCGGCGGGGCGCUUCGCUGUAGGUAAUUAUCGGAUGUACCGCGCGGAGUGAGCCAGGCCUGGUUAAAGUUAAAUACUUAACUACUUAAUACGUGUAAAUCAGCCUUUAGAGGCAAUACCAACUUUUUCGUCAAAAAGUCGUUUAGUCACUUUUGCUUUUAAUCCGGCGCAUUAGACUACAUUUUUGUAGCUUAAUCUACAACUAAAUAUUACGGCCAUUUUUAUAGCAAAACUCACAUUUCUUACAACCACAUGCGACACAGUGUUUUUCUUAACAUGCAGUCGUUUAUACCACUCGAUUUCCACCAAGCAAGUCACAUCACUGGAGUCAGACUUAGAGCUGCUAUUGACGUAUGUGACAUGACUGCACCGACUGAACUAAACGAAAACAAUAUGAAAAAUUUUCCAUAAAAUUUCUUCAGUACAAUGUACAGAUUUUUUCGACCGGUAACUUUUAUCGGACGAAUAAAAAUGUGUACUAAUUAAACACAAACGAGUUAUUUCGUUAUCUAGUAACAAACUUAAAAACCAACGUUUCAUAGUUUGAAGUAGAGUCACAAUCAGCAAGAAAACUAAUACGUCAUAAUUAUCAUCAUUUUAUAAUAAAGAGUGAUUACCUCUUUCAUCUAUCAUGAGAUGACGCAGGCCGUCAAAUUUUAUAUUUAUAUUAUAAUAUUAUCGGUGAGAAUUACAAAAUUACACGUUUACUAUACUUAGCAUCACAAAGUAGGCGACACACCAUCCAAAAAAGGAGAUUUUCAAUAAACUUUGCAUGUGAUAUAAUGAAACAAAAAAUCGUAGCAAUAUAGUAAGUUACCAUUAUUAGAAUCGGUGAGGAACGCGUGUUAAAGUUAGGCCUUAUGGUGAGUCCAGGAUAUGUUAACACGUUAUAAAAUACAGUUAUGUUAUAUAACAAAAGCUAAAUAACAUGUAACAUAAUUUGGACGCACCUUUACGUAUACGACGCACAAAUAGCGACCUUAAAGGAAUUAGUGACGUACACUACGAUUUUAUGUAACGUUAGUGAUGACGUACACUACAAUUUAUGUAACGUAGAUGACGUUUUAUGUAACGUUACUGCACGUUGGAUUAAAAUAAGAUUUUUAUAAGGAAUAUAGUACCAGGAACCACGACACCAGUAGUAAAUGUAGUGAUUAUUAUUAUGUAGUUUUUGAUUCGAAUCAGAAAUUUGACAUUUAGAACUGUCAUUGCUAUGUGUGAUGUGAUACGACUGUUCAAUUUAUAUGAUUUUAUUAUUACAAUUUGAAAUAAUACAAAUAAUGAAAAUGUGAUUUCCAGUUAUUUACUUGAUUUUUAUUUUAUUUGAAUUAUAUGUUAAUUGUGUAAUGUAAUUUUUUACUUGUAAUGGCAACAUUGCUUCUGUCAAUUUACUGAUUUGAAUCGUAAGCUAGAGUUUAGUUAAUUAUUAUUAAGUGAUGAAAUUUUCUCUUUUAUGAGAUUAUCAAAUGGCUGUUGAUGACUUUUAUUAUUGUGAUUUAUUUUCUUCGUAAAUGUUUUAUUGUACUUGUGAUUAUAACAUAUCGGAGAUCGUAUGGAUAUAGUUUUUUAUUUUAUUUAUUUUCUACUUUUGCUAAAGCGUGUAUAGUGUAAAUACGUUAGUGUAAAGAGAGGUUUUACAGGGCGAGAUACAAUAAAGGGUUUGUAUUAA